AUGACUGAACAUCAUAAAAAGCGCAAAGCUACUUCUGAAUUCAAUAAAACAUCCGUUAAAGAUAAAUCGCCUAAUAUUGAGCGUUCUCAGCAAGUCUGCUCAGAUAAAAAAAAACUCUACACUGUUAGUGUAGCACUUCCAGAUGAAAUCAUAAUAUUUAAUGAAUUAGGAAUUCGUAAAAGUUCUGAAUCUUCUACUACAAAAAUUGAAUCACAUAUAAAAAAUAAACGGGGAGAAGGAAUAUCUUUGGAUCCAAAUAUAUUUUUAGCUAGAAUAUUACAAUAUUUAGAAACACCUCAAUACCUACGCAAGGAACUUUUCCCUGUACAUCAAGAUCUCACAUAUGCGGGGUUAUUAAAUCCAUUAGAUUGUCCUCAUCAUGUUCGUAAAGAAGAAAAAAGUCCAUUUAGAGAAGGGGUUAUAAUUGAUAAGAAACCAAGAAAUGGGAAAGGAUCUUUAGUGAAUGCUGGACUCUCCAAGUAUGUGAUAAUUGAUAAAUCAAUUAAAACAGGUAUACGCGUAACUUUAGAUAUGGGAAAUUAUGAGGUAUCAAAGAAAGCUAAAGUUGUAUCACCAAAAUUGCCAAAACAACAUGGAUUGUAUUGGGGUUAUCACAUUAGAAUAGCCGAUUCCAUAUCAAAAGUGUUUACUGAAUGUUCAUUUCCUGGUGGUUACGAUAUAACUAUAGGAACAUCUGAACGUGGUAAAGCCGUUGAUGAUGUGAUAGACGAAUUGCCAGAAUUCAGUCAUUUGCUGGUUGUCUUUGGUGGAUUAACAGGUAUAGAGGCCGCUAUUGAUGUUGAUGAAGAUUUAAAAUGUAAUGGUGAAGAAGCAGAUGAGUUAUUUGAUUUAUGGGUAAACACGUGUCCUGAUCAAGGAAGUAGAACCAUUAGGACAGAGGAAGCUGUGUUAAUCACAAUGUCAUCUUUAAGAGCUGCCAUUAAUAAGAAAGGACGAAAGGAAAAUUAA